AUGGCUGCGACUGACAGCAAACCAACCCUAAACGUCGACGAGCCCCCGUCGUCGAAGGCUUCAACACUGCACCAACCUGAGAAUGUGCCCGACGAGAAGAAGGAUGACCGGGACAACGACAACAGCAGUAUAGAAGCUGAUAGGACCGCCCAGCCCGAGCUGUCUGAGGACCAGUAUCCCCAUGGCUUCAGGCUGUGGAUUCUGGCCGGUGCCACGCUCGUCUCUGUCUUUCUGAUCGCCCUUGACCAGACCAUCGUCGGCACCGCGAUCCCCAGAAUCACCGACGAGUUCCACGGCCUCAGCGACGUGUCCUGGUACGCGGCUGCCUACCUCAUGACCUUUGGCGCCGCCCAGACAUCCUUCGGCAAGAUCUACAAGUACUUCAACCUGAAGUGGACCUUCCUCGCCUCGACGGUCAUCUUCGAGGUCGGGAGCCUGAUCUGCGGCGUCGCGCCCAACUCCAAGACGCUCGUGGUCGGCCGUGCCAUCGCCGGGCUCGGAGGGGCCGGCCUCUCGGUCGGCGGCGCCAGCCUCAUCUCCUUCACCGUCCCGCCCGCCCGCCGCCCGCUGAUGAUGGGCAUCAUCGGAAUGACCUACUGCAUCGCCGGCGUCUGCGGCCCGCUCCUCGGCGGCGUCUUCACCGACCGCGUCUCCUGGCGCUGGUGCUUCUACAUCAACCUGCCCAUCGGCGGCGCCGCGGCCGUCGUCAUCCUCCUGUUCUUCUACCUGCCCGCCGCCGCCACGCCGCCCGACAUCCCGCUGUCGCAGAAGCUCCUGCACGUCGACCCCGUCGGCUUCGCCAUCGUCAUGGGCGAGAUCACCUGCUUCAUCCUCGCGCUGCAGUACGCCGGCGUCUCGCACAGCUGGUCCAGCGGCACCGUCAUCGGCCUGCUCGUCGGCUUCGGCCUGCUGACCGUCGCCCUCGUCGCCUGGGAGCUCUGGCUCGGCGAGCUCUCCAUGAUGCUGCCGCGUCUCUAUAAGCAGCGCUCGCUGUGGGCCUCGGCGCCCUUCCAGUUCUUCUUCCUCGGCAGCUACGUCGUGCUGCUGUACUACCUGCCGCUCUACUUCCAGUCCAUCCAGGGGUCCAGCCCUAUCCGCUCCGGCGUGCAGAACCUGCCGCUCAUGCUCGCGGCCGCCGUCUUCGCGCUCGCGGGCGGCGCCGUCGUCGCGUCGACCGGGCGGGCCCAGCAGGUCAUGUUCUUCGGGUCCAUGCUCACGACCGUCGCCAUCGGCCUGCUGUACACGUUCGACAUCGGCACCCCCAUGGCCAAGUGGGUCGGCUACCAGUUCUUCGUCGGCACCACCAUGUCCUUUGCCAUUAUGCACGGGCUCAGCGUCGUCCAGGCCUACGUGGGCAAGGAGGACCUUGCUGCCGUCACGGCCAACCUGAUGAUCUUCCAAACUCUCGGCGGCGCUUUCAGUACCGCGGCAGCCCAGUCCGCUUUCGCCAACAGGUUGAUCGCCACCCUGCCCAUCACGGCACCGGGCGUCGACCCGGCCCUGGUCAUCGCCACCGGCGCUUCGGAGCUGCACAACGUCUUUGGGCCCGAUGUCCUGCCCGGCGUCCUGCAGGCGUACAUGAUCGGUCUCAAGGCCGCUUUCGCGGUGGCCAUUGGCUUCUGCGGCGCUGCCUUCGUCUGCUCUAUUUUUAUCCCCAUGCGGAAGCUGCCCACCCACGCACCUGGCGAAGCACCCAUGGCUAUGGGUUAA